CCUUCUGGGCGGUGUUGUUGUGCUCAGGAACGUCCGUUGGGAAGCGGGCGCGAAAGGAUGGUUCGGUGUUACCGGCCCCUGGCCUGGGUCUUUCUGUAGGUCGCCUUCACCCAUCCUCCCAGAAACCGCGCGCUGAAUGCGCAUUCGGGCGUUUCCGGCAGGUGACGCUACCGCGUCCCAGCAGCGGGGUCUCUUGUAAAGAGUAUAUUGCUGGGCUUUUUACCCUUUUAUCCUGUUUGAAUGUUAUUUUAAUAGCCCACAGGUCCUGCCUCCACAAAGAUAAGACAAAUCUGUGAUGUGAGUAAAAGGAAGCCUGGAGAGCAGGUAUCCAUCAUGGAAGGAGACCUUCUGAUCUUAGAAUUCUCCUGGAGGCUGGAGAGGCCUGAGACAGAGUGGACCCUGGAAUUGCUGGAUCUACAGCUUAUCUUAACCCUUCUGCCCUGAGUGGACAAGCCCUGAAUGACAUCUCAGCCUUCAGAGAUCAGCAGUCGCUGGGUGACAACGGAGCAUUUAACCCAGAUGAUGGAAAGGAGAGCUUGGCAUUCUCAGGACUCUGGCCUUUUGGAGGAAGAAGAGGAUAUGACCAGGUCUCUUGAAACAGUGACAUUUAAGGAUGUUGCUGUGGACCUCACCCAGGAGGAAUGGCAGCAAAUGAAACCUGCUCAGAGGAACUUGUACCGGGAUGUGAUGCUAGAAAACUACAGCAACCUAGUCACAGUGGGUUAUCAAGUCACCAAACCAGAUGUGAUCUUCAAGUUGGAGCAGGAAGAGGAGCCAUGGGUGGUAGAGGAAGAAAUGCUUGGGAGGCACUGUCCAGAAUCCAGAAGAGGAGAGAAAAGCCACUGUACAUCAAAAGUCAUGGCGGAGGGCUUCACGUUCAAAGAUGUGGCCAUUUACUUCUCUCAAAAGGAGUGGGAAUGCUUGCACUCUGCUCAGAAGGAUUUGUACCGAGAUGUAAUGUUGGAGAAUUAUAACAACCUGAUCUCACUGGGACUUUCUGAUUCUAAGCCAGAUGUGAUCUCCUUAUUGGAGCAGGGGAAGGAGCCCUGGGUGGUUAAGAGUCAGGAAACAAAAGAGUGGUGCCCAGAUUGGGAGUCCAGAAGAGUAACCAAGAAUUUAUUUCCAAAGGAGCACAGUUAUGAAAUUAAAUCAUUGCACUUGGAGAUAAAAAGACUUACAAGCUCUGACCUUGAGUGCACUAGGGUCAGAAAUAACAGAGAAAUCAAAUGCCAGUUGGAGAGACAACAGGAGGGACAUUUCAGACAAGCCGUAAUAACCUCUGAAGAAAGGUCCGCUUCCAUUCAGUGCAUAGUUCAUAGAGUGCCUCAGACAGUUCAUACCAGAGCGAAAACCUACGAAUGCAAGGGAUGUAAGGAAGCUUUCAGGUGCCAGUCACACCAUAUUCAACACGAAAGAAGUCAUAAUAAGGAAAAAGACUCUAAAUGUGGAGAAUGUGGGAAAGCCUUUAAUAGUAGGUCAGACUUGAUUAAGCAUCAGAGAAUUCAUGAAAGCAAAAAAAGUAAAGAAAAUAAGAAAUGUGCCUCUAUCCAUGGCUCUGAAACUACUAAACCUCAGAACAUUAACAGUAGUGAGAAACCUCAUAAAUGUAAGGAAUGUGGGAAAGCCUUUCAUUCUAACUCACAACUCCGUAAACAUCAAAAGAUCCACAUAGGUGAGAAACCCUAUAAAUGUAAGGAGUGUGGGAAGGCCUUUCCAUCUACCUCACAACUUAAUUUACAUCAGAGAAUUCAUACUGAUGAGAAAUACUAUGAAUGUAAGGAAUGUGGGAAAGCCUUUACCCGUCCCUCACAUCUUCUUCGACAUCAGAGAAUCCAUACUGGUGAGAAACCCCAUAAAUGUAAGGAAUGUGGGAAAGCUUUCCGUUACGACACGCAACUUAGUCUUCAUCAGAUAAUUCAUACCGGUGAAAGACACUAUGAGUGUAAGGAGUGUGGGAAGGUAUAUAGUUGUGCCUCUCAACUGAGUCUACAUCAGAGAAUCCAUACUGGUGAGAAACCUCAUAAAUGUAAGGAAUGUGGGAAAGCUUUUAUCUCUGAUUCACAUCUUACUCGACAUCAGAGUGUUCAUACUGGUGAGAAACCAUACAAAUGUAAGGAAUGUGGAAAGGCCUUUCGUCGUGGCUCGGAACUUACUCGACAUCAGAGAGCUCACACUGGUGAGAAACCCUAUAAAUGUAAGGAAUGUAAAAUGGCCUUUACUUGUAGUACAGAACUUAUUCGACAUCAAAAAGUUCACACUGGUGAGAGACCCCAUAAAUGUAAGGAAUGUGGGAAGGCUUUUAUUCGGAAGUCAGAACUUACUCAUCACGAGAGAAGUCAUAGUGGUGAAAAGCCCUAUAAGUGUAAGGAAUGCAAGAAGGCCUUUGGUCGUGGCUCAGAACUUAAUCGACACCUGAAAAUUCAUACUGGUGAGAAACCUUACAAAUGUAGGCAAUGUGGGAAGGCCUUUAUUCGUGGCUCACACCUUAGUAAACAUCAAAGAAUUCAUACGGGAAAGAGGAGUGAAUGAAGUCAUGGGAAGGCUCAAAAUUUUACUGACCUCUGCAAAGUCACACUAGUAAAACACAAAACCCUCUGAUUUUAAGGAAUGUGGGAAAGCUUUUGAAGAUAACAAUAUCAGAGCUCACAGUGUGGAUACAGGGCCUUUAUUUGAGGGCCAGAAUUUAUUUGACAUGUGUUAAUGCUGAGAUACUUUAUAAAUGUUAGAGAUUGAGAGGGUUCUAUUUAUGCUUCAAAAUUUAUUAGACAUCAGGGUUCAAUUGAUAAAAGUGAAAAAAUUCUAUGAAUGUGAGGAAAGUGGGAAGGCUUUGGAUGGCAGUUAAUGUGUCAGAGAUAGUGAUACAAACGGUUCUCAACAUCAGGGUCAUUUGCCCUGUGGGAAAUCAGAGGAUUCAUAAUAUAAAUGUCAUAAAUAUAGGAGACCAAUUUGCGUUAGCUAACAAAUUACUCGUCUCAUAAUUCAUACUUGAGGAAGGCUACACACAGUGUUAAAAAUGCAGCAAAUUCUUCCCACUCAGAUCUUAAUUAAAUUAUUUGCAAGCUCAUCUUCUAAAAUUAACCUGAACUGAGGCAUAGUGGGAAAGGAUUUAACCAAUGCUCAGUCUUUACUUGCCUUAUAGGGCAAAUUACUUAACUAGGUCUAACUUUCUCACUUAAAAAUUAGUAAUAUUAAUUAGCACCAUCUUGUUAGCAUUAUGAACAUUAAAUAAUUACAUUAUAUCCCAUAGAAUUCUGUAUGGCUCAUAUUGCAAGUGAGUUAAAUAAGAGCUGAUUUUAUUUAUUUUCAUAUUUGUGGAUAGAGAUCAUAUGAGAGGAAGGCCUUAUGUGUACUGUGACUAUAGGAACAUCUUAAAUCAUCUCUUUAUUGAAUGUCAGGUAAUUCCUUCUGGAGAAGAAUUGAAAACCGAAGUUUUCAUUCACCUUGCCCUCUUGCCUCACUAGGGGAAAGGAAAUCAAGGCAAGUUACAAUUCAGAGUGAAUGAAAAAAAAAACUCCACGUUGAAAGUUGUAGGAUGCAACAGAGCUAUACUUAGGAAAAUUAACUUCUUAAGAUAUGUGUAGAAAAUGUGGACAGUUAAUGGCCACGAUUCAUUGUCAGUUCAAUGUACUUGGUGCACUGCCUGUUCUAAUAGGUUCCCUGUAAACACUUGUUGAAAUCUGAGGAAUGAGAGAGUGAAUGAAUAAGCAUUUGACUCUAGUGUGUAGAAAAGCUCUAAUAAGAGCAAAGCCAAAAGAAAACAACAAAAAACCUUGAAAACUUGAGAUGGGGGAAAAAAAACCCUCAGACAUCAUGAAUGAGAGGAAAUGUAACUACAAAAAAGGAGUUUUAAGGAAAGAAGGCAAUAUUGUUGCCCCAGACACUGUUGGUUGCCUAUCUUUUGGUGUUAGCCAUUCUCCCUUUGCCAGGACUGCCUGCUGCCAAUCUAAAGUCUAGGUCUUGCACCUAGUUUGCUUUGCAUGUGGGCAUAUAUAUGACAGUCCUGCCCAUACAAGAUCUGAGCAAAAGUCUGCAAGUAGGUUUUAGGUUAAAUUUUCUUUCCUAACAAUAGGAGGAAAUAGUCUUCUUAUGUUACAGGAUGCAUGUCUAUAUGUCUGUGUGAUACCUGGAAUUGUGGCUGUUUGCUACCAGAGGGGUGAGAGGCUGAGAUUGGCAGAGGGGAUAGAUUGGAAUUACCUGCAUCCUUGACACUGUUGAACUGAUGAAAUGAUGCAGAGCUGCCCUGUCCCUGGAUUUUGAGUAAAAUAAGAAACUUCAUGCAUAUCUAUUUUAAGUUUAUACUCAAUUUUUUAUGAUAGACCUGAGUCCUGGGAAAAAACAUUUUUGUAUGUAUAUAUACAUAUUUAUUCACCUUUAAUUUAGUAAGAUGAAAUGUUUAUAUUCAGCUUUAUAUACUAUAUCUGAAAUUGUGGAAAAGCAUUAUUUUCUUAAAUACUUUUUAGACGUGUAUACAUGUAUUCUACUUUGAUUUAGUAAGACAUGGGAAAUGUUUUUUUGUUUUGUUUUUACAUUCAGCAUUGUAUUGUGUGUGUUUAUAUUCAGCUCUUUAAAGCAUGGCUGAAAUCCUCAGUAUUUUCCUGAAUAAAGUAAGAACCAAUAAAAAAACUGA